CGGCCCGUGCGCGGCUCCGGCUGGGCAGGAUUCCGGACAACGCCUGGUUCCUCUCGGCUCCUUCCGGCGUUGCCGGAGUGAAUUGAUCCGGGAGUUGAAGAGGCUCCGGAGGUGGGAAGUGGAGUCAGCCCCGGAGUCGCCACUGCCGCCGCUACCCCCGAGAGAAGGGCUGCCUUGCCGGCCUCGGCCUCGCGGUGACCCGGCGGGCGAGGGUCAGUAUAAGUUAAUCAUCCAUUCUUGACGCAAAAGAAAAGGAAAAAAUACUGCAGUGAAUGAAGAGUCCUCUACUUUUUAGCACUGUUUUUCUACUGUAGUUGGUCUUUGAAUGAGGAUGACAAUGGAAGAGAUGAAGAAUGAAGCUGAGACCACUUCAAUGGUUUCUAUGCCACUAUAUGCAGUCAUGUACCCUGUGUUUAAUGAGCUAGAACGAGUAAAUCUGUCUGCAGCUCAGACACUGAGAGCAGCUUUCAUCAAGGCUGAAAAAGAAAACCCAGGUCUCACCCAGGACAUCAUUAUGAAAAUUCUGGAGAAAAAAAGUGUAGAAGUUAACUUCACAGAGUCCCUUCUUCGGAUGGCAGCUGAUGAUGUAGAAGAGUAUAUGAUUGAGAGACCAGAACCUGAAUUCCAGGACUUGAAUGAAAAGGCACGAGCACUUAAACAGAUUCUGAGUAAGAUCCCUGAUGAGAUCAAUGACCGAGUAAGGUUCCUUCAGACAAUCAAGGACAUCGCCAGUGCAAUAAAAGAACUUCUUGACACAGUAAACAACGUCUUCAAAAAAUAUCAAUACCAGAACCGCCGGGCACUUGAGCACCAAAAGAAAGAAUUUGUAAAAUACUCCAAGAGCUUCAGUGACACUCUGAAAACCUAUUUUAAAGAUGGAAAGGCAAUAAAUGUGUUCAUAAGUGCCAACCGACUAAUUCAUCAAACCAACUUGAUACUUCAGACCUUCAAGACUGUGGCCUGAAAAUUGUAUAUGUUAAGAGCUGUACGUUUCAGUGGUGGUGUUAAACUGCUGCCUUUACCUGUAAAUUUUAAAGUUUGACUGUAUAAAUUAUCAGUCCCUCCUGAAGGGACCUAAUCCAGGAUGUUGAAUGGGAUUAUUGCCAUCUUACACCAUAUUUUUGUAAAACGUAGCUUAAUCAUAAUCUUACACUGAAGAUUUUGCAUCACUUUUGCUAUUAUCAUUCUUUUAAGAAUUAUAAGCCAAAAGAAUUUACGCCUUAAUGUGUCAUUAUGUAACAUUCCUUAAAAGAAUUGUAAAUAUUGGUGUUUGUUUCUGACAUUUUAACUUGAAAGCGAUAUGCUGCAAGAUAAUGUAUUUAACAAUAUUUGGUGGCAAAUAUUCAAUAAAUAGUUUACAUCUGUUAAACAUUUCUUUACUUGAAAAAAAAAAUAUGUGUAUAAUCAGAAAACCAAGACAACUUGGUAACGUCUACAGAACUUCUAACGGAAGCUUGUUAGCCGUUUGUCACAUUUUAAAACAAAAAGAGUUCAUUAUAUAUAAUAUAUAUAAAUAGAAAUAUAUAUAGUCCUUAAUCCAUUUGGGCAAAAAGUAAUUAGUGAAAAUGUUUUCACUGAUUACUGUAUAUGAGGUACUGAAAUAUUUUUUCCAUUAUCUCUAGCCUCUUUCAAAAGACUUACUUGUCCAUUUAUAGUGUAUUUACACUAUUUUGUCACUUUCUGAACUCAGAGAUUUAACGAUUUUGACUCUGAGAAAUAAGUCUUCUGUCAGGCCGGGUCCUAAUAAGCUUUGCACACCUUUUUUCAUACAACCAUAGCCUGAACUGGUAAUAAUUGGGGAAUAAACCAAUGCUAAUUUGGUGUGACAUUGUCAUGAGUGUUUGUUAUACACUCUUAAAAUAUGUACAGUUUUGUUUCCCAAUAGAGAAGUUUUAAGGAAAUUAUGUAUCAAGUGUUCAUGUUAAGUAAUUUCAUUUUCCAUUUAUGAUAAAAAAAAUAAAGGAAAAAAUAAUUCAGAAUUUGUUGAUCGUAUAUAAAAAGGUUUUAGGUUUUUAACUAGUUUUCUAUUGUAAGUUCUCAUUACUACUUAAGGAAUUUUCUUUUCUUUUUUUUUUUAAAGGGAUCAGAAUUUUAGAGACUGAGUUAGAAUGAGUAAAAUGUGUUUCUUUAUGGAGAAAGAAAGUUUAUGUAAAAGUAGAGUCACUGGAAAACAUUUUAUAGCCCAUUAAUUUAUGGCUUUUUAAAAACCAUCUUUGUUUCUCCCCUUUGAGAUAUA